CACUAUGAAAAAAUGGCGGCGCCCAUGGUUAGCAGACAAAACUGAAUAAUCAGACGGGUUUUAGAAUAAAACGAAGGAUGCGGGAGUUUGUUGAGAGUAGGGUUUUUCAGGCCAUGCAAAAUGUUGAUGUCUCUACUUUGAAUAAACUGCGGGAGAAGGACCUGCGUCCAGUGUUACCAUGUUUAGUUCGCAUGGCUCUUUGCAAACCAUUGGAUGAAAGUGAAUCAUGGGCAACAGCCAAAAAAGAUGUUCUAAAAAUUCUCUCCGGCAUCGAGGUUGUGAACAGCAUUGUUGCAUUACUCUCCAUAGAUUUUCACGCAUUGGAACAAGAUGUAAACAAAGAACAGCAACUCAGAACAAAACUUGGGGGAAAUCAGACAGAAAGUAUCCUGAUAUCUCAGCUACAGAACGGAGUAGCUCUGGAGUUUGAGAGGAGCGAUCCACCUCGGAGACUAAGAUUGUUACUGAGUGAACUACUCUUUGUCGCUUCUCAGGUCAGAGAAUCAAAAACUGAGUUUUACCAGAAGAGCAGUGAAUUGUUUGAGAGUCUAGUGUAUCUGGAGGAAGUGUCAGAUGUGCUCUGCAUAGCCCAGGCUGAGUUACCUGCCCUGUUGCCAAUCACGGAGGUUUCAGAAACCCUUCUCCAUGUUCCUAAUGGAGACUGGAUGCUGUGUCGUCUGGUGGCAAAUUCUCCAGACUGCUACAAAGAGGUGUGUACUAGUCUUGUGACUAACGGUGACAGACAGGAUGAGGAGACGGUCGGGGGACAGCGGAGAAUGGCAGUGCUCCUCGCUCUGGCCAGGAUGAACCCAAAAGAAAUGUACAACAUCAGAGCCCUCUGUGUAGAGAAUUGCAAGAUGCCAGGAUUAGCUGUGGCCUUGACCUUGGAAAUGAAUAAAGACAAACCCCCGUCAGAAAUUUCUGGAGACUCAAACACAGAUGUUGUAGGAUUUGUCAGUGGAAUGUUGCUAGGCAACAAUUCAAAUGUUAAGGACUGGUUCUCACAAUACGUUAAAAUUGGCCAAAAGUUGAAAAGAGAUGCCUCAGUGACCCAGUUACAAAGUUUGAGACUGUGCCUGCUGGAACAAAUGAUUUCAAUAUUGCCUGACGGUGGAGGCACAAUAUCAGAGUCCCAGGCCAUCAAAGCUAGUGCCUUCAUACGUCUCUACUGUGCACUCAAGAGCAUGGCUGCAUUUAAAUUUACAGAUGAAGAAAUGAAGAUUUUGCUUAGAUUAAUCACAUCUAGACCUCCUUUAAGCAAAGCUGGUGCUAGAUUUGUCUCCCUUGGACUGUGCAUGCUGAUAGCUUGUCCAUAUCUGUUAGGGAGCAAUGAUCAAGAGAAGGUGGCUAUAGACUGGAUCAAGUGGUCUCUUCUGAUGGAGAAGGAAUUCAAGCUUGAGGUCUCCAGUGCCUGUUCUUUUGGUGAAAUGUUGUUCCUGAUUGCCAUCCAUUUCCAUAGCAACAAUAUGACAGCAAUAUCUGAUCUUGUGUAUCUUACAUUAGGGUUAAAGAAUCUGGUGAAGGCUAAUGCUCUGGCUAGAAUACGGCAGAUAUUUAUUUAUGAGAUCUUUACAGAGCAGGUGAUAACGUCUCAUGCGGUGAAGGUACCAGUGACACCAGGACUAAACGCAAACAUGACAGGUUACCUUCCCAUCAACAGCAUUUAUCAACUUCUGAAGAGCCGGUCCUUUUCCAAACACAAAGUACCAAUAAAGGAUUGGAUAUAUCAGCAGAUCUGUAACUGUUCUACUCCACUGCAUCCACUAGUUACCUCCCUUAUUGAUGUUUAUGUCACCUCCACUGUCAUCAAAAGCACCAAGACUGAUCAUUUAAAUGAACCAAUCACAGAGGAGGAAAUACUCAAUGUUUACAAAUCCUCAGUAUUUCAUUGGUCAAAAUCAGAAGGAGAGGAGUCAUCAAAUUCAAAUUCAAAAUCAGAACUGGCUCCCCAGCUACUCAUACUUUACUAUUUACUCCAUUAUGAAGACAUUGUAUUGACACACAUGAAAACUCUUGUGAUGUCCAACAGGAAGGUGAAGUCCUACCAUGACACCCUGCUGGCCCAGAUUCCAAUCAACUUCCUGUUACAGACAGCUCAGAGAGAGCAGGAGCAGUAUGCUGGCUUAUUCUCACCACUCCUUAAGUUGCUGGUGACCCACUAUCCACACCUGUGUGUCGUUGAGGACUGGUUGGAGGAGAAACUGAUCAGAGAAUCUCUAGUGGCAGAGACCUCAGUCAUGUACAAUAUGCCCUGUACCAUCGAUAACUUCAACGAUGCACUGAGGAAUCUAACUACCUGUCCAAUGAAGAUGAUCUCCCAGCUGCAGGCGAUGCUGAAGAUGUCCGCCCCAGACUUGUUACAGUUUGCUGAGCCCGUGGUUUCCUCUCUCCCCAUUAUGCUGGAUGAGGUGGUGCCCAGGAAAAUAGUGGACCUGAUCAAGAAAGUCUGGUUCCUUCUUCACGGUGUCUCUCCACGAAGUUUAAGACUGUCCACUGUGAAUUCACUGCGACUGUCAGAGAGAACAACAUUCCAGGUGACUCCAUACACAGAAAAUGACAUCACUGUAGACCCACUGAUAAUACUCAGAUGUGAUGAACGUGUCUUCAGGUGCCCUCCUAUAUUAGACAUCCUGUUACGUGUUUUGUCAGCCUAUCUCCAGGCCAGUCGAGUCUACCUACACAAUCAC